AAGAAGAAGAACGCGAGACCAGAACGUGAGUUGUGAAGGCCCGGGUUUUCAUUCAUCAUUUCGAAGUGAGGGCCAUGCACCUCGAAUUUGAUCUUUGAAAUACUUUUAAUCGGUUAAAAGAUGGCCACUACAGAGGUGCGACUCAAUCACACAAUCUACAUCAACAACUUGAAUGAAAAGAUCAAGAAAGAUGAGCUGAAAAAGUCCCUCUACGCUAUCUUUUCACAAUUUGGACAAAUUUUGGACAUCUUGGUCGCACGAAACAUCAAAAUGAAGGGUCAGGCUUUUGUUAUCUUCAAAGAGGUUAACAGUGCUUCCAAUGCACUGAGAUCCAUGCAAGGAUUCCCCUUCUAUGACAAACCCAUGCGUAUACAAUAUGCUAAAACAGACUCGGACAUCAUAGCUAAGAUGAAGGGGACCUAUGUGGAGCGUGACCGCAAAAAAGAAAAAAGGAAGCCCAAAGGAGCUGAAGGAGGAGGAACUAAAAAAGGUGUACCAGGAGCUGCUGCAGCAAUGGUGGCUGGGGUACCUGGAUCCAUACCAGGAAUGCCUACUAUGAGCCAGGCUCCUCGCAUGAUGCAUAUUCCAGGUCAGCCACCUUACAUGCCUCCUCCAGGGAUGAUGCCUCCUCCAGGUAUGGCACCUGGCCAGAUACCACCAGGUGCCAUACCUCCUGGUCAGAUGAUGCCUGGACAAAUGCCUCAGCAGAUUGCAGAAAACCCACCAAAUCACAUCCUUUUCCUCACAAACCUGCCAGAGGAGACGAACGAACUCAUGCUCUCCAUGCUCUUCAACCAGUUCCCUGGCUUCAAAGAGGUGCGACUGGUCCCUGGCCGGCACGACAUCGCUUUUGUGGAGUUUGAGAAUGAGGUGCAGGCAGGUGCAGCGCGAGAUGCUCUACAGGGCUUCAAGAUCACGCAAACAAAUGCCAUGAAGAUCUCAUUUGCUAAGAAAUAACACGUCUCCAGAGUGGUGGUCUCUCUCUCUCUCUUUUUCUAUUUAAAGCUCUAAACUAAAACCUUUUUUUUUUUUUUUUUUUAAGAAUUAACUUUGAUUCAUGAUUGGCAAAUAUUAUUUUCUAAAUUCUCUUUCUGUAUUUUCCUCUUCCAAAAUUACAUGUAAGUAUGCAUACUUUGUGUCAAGUUGCUAAGUUUUGUCUUUCAGCACUGAUGACAGAAUUUUGUAGAAAGAAUCUCAUUUUUUCAGUUUUACAGUCAAAUCCACAAAGCAACUUGACACUUUUGUUUUUUUUUUCUGCCUUUCUUUGUCAAAAAGCAUUGCACCCAGAGUCUGGCUUGCCAGACAUUGUACCUGGAGCUUUUAUUGUUUUGUUUUUAUAAUUAAACUUUUAUAAUAGU